ACUCAAAGCUAUAAAGUGCAAAAACACUACGGGACUCGAAACUGAAUCAAUUUCCUUUCCCCAAUUCGAUUCGGGUGUCUGUCUCUGAUUGUUCCGGGGAGUCAAGACUCAAGAGAGCACCAAUGAUGUCGUCGUCGUCUUCUUCUUCGGCUGCAUCGGCUAUAAUGGCGAAAUCGGAUGAAGAAAUAUUGGAAAUGCUGGAUCGGAUGCUUACUCGGUUGGCACUCUGCGACGACUCCAAACUCGAAGGCUUGCUCUCUAAUCUUCUUCCCCUCUCCAUCUCUUCUCUCUCUUCUUCCUCCUCCGCCGUCCGUAACAAGGUUUUGGAGAUCCUGAGUCACGUGAAUAAGAGAGUCAAACACCAGCCAGGGAUUGGUUUGCCAUUCUCAGAGUUAUGGAAAUUAUACAUGGAUGAUCAUUCAGUUUCAAUGGUUAAGAAUUUUUGUAUUGUGUAUAUUGAGAUGGCUUUGGAACGUAUACGUGCAGAGGAAAAGGAAACUGUGGCUCCUAUUCUUCUAUCUAAUAUUUCAAAGCUUCCUUCUCAACACCAGGAGAUAAUAUUGAGAAUCACUGUAAAGGUGAUUGGUGAUUGUCAUCCAACUCAAAUUAGUGAUGAAAUUUCUGCAAAAUAUAGAGCAAUUAUUGGUUAUCCAAACAGUGAAACAUUUCUUGAAUUUUGCCUUCACACUGUUUUAUAUCAACCACCAUCUCAUGGUGGAGGAUGCCCUCCUGGGCUUUCAGUUAAUCAAAGCAACCGUGUAAUUGGGAAGCAGCCAUUGAAAACAGAUGUUCUUUUAACUAGAAAGUUAGGAAUCCUGAAUGUUAUUGAAGCUCUAGAGCUGGCACCUGAAGCAGUUUAUCCUCUCUAUCUUGCUGCUUGCACAGACAGUCAAGAGCCUGUAGUAAAGAAGGGGGAGGAGCUUUUAAAGAAGAAGGCAUCUGGUGUUAAUUUAGAUGAUACAAACCUAAUAAGCAGACUGUUUUUACUCUUUAACGGUAACACUGAAGUUGAACGUAUUGCUCCAGAAUCUAGAGUAACUCCUGGCAAUCCUUCUCUGAAAGCAAGAUUGAUGUCUGUUUUCUGCCGGUCAAUUACUGCCGCAAAUAGUUUCCCAUCAACUUUGCAAUGCAUUUUUGGCUGCAUAUAUGGAAGUGCUACCACAUCAAAGUUGAAGCAGCUGGGUAUGGAGUUCACUGUUUGGGUAUUUAAACACACAAGACUGGAUCAGCUUAAGCUUAUGGGUCCUGUUAUAUUGAAUGGAAUUCUUAAGUCCCUUGAUGGUUAUUCAACUUCGGAAUCAGAUGCUAUUGCUAGGGACACCAAGAGUUUUGCCUAUCAGGCAAUUGGAUUGCUUGCACAGCGCAUGCCUCAACUUUUCAGGGAGAAAAUUGAUAUGGCUAUUCGGUUUUUUAAUGCUCUGAAAUCAGAGGCUCCCUUUCUUCGUCUAACCAUCCAAGAGGCAACAAACUCCCUUGCUCUUGCAUACAGGGAUGCACCCACAACUGUCUUAAAUGAUUUGGAAGCACUUCUGCUGAUAAAUUGUCAAGUGGAACAAGGUGAAGUUCGUUUUUGUGCUGUCAGAUGGGCAACAUCAUUGUUCAACUUGCAGCACUGUCCAAGCCGAUUCAUUUGUAUGCUUGGUGCUGCAGAUCCUAAGAUGGAUAUAAGGGAAAUGUCACUUGAAGGUUUAUUUCUUGGUAAAGAUCAAAGGGGAGCUGUUGGUGACUCUUCCAAUCUUAAGUACCCAAAACUUGGAGAUAUGUUUGAUUAUAUUCUUAAACAACAGCCAGCAUUGAUAGAUUCUACUGAAAUAAGGGGAGUUAAACUUCUUUUCCCAUCAAAAACAUUUGUUGUUAUGGUCAAAUUUUUGUUAAGGUGCUUUGAGGAAGAAGUUGAAGAAUAUAAGACAGAAGAAAGAAUUGGUGAAUAUUGGCAUUCAGUGGAAAAUAUGUGUUUGCUGCUGGAGCAUGCUAUGGCAUAUGAAGGGACUAAUGAGUUGCAUUCAUGUGCAUCGAAGGCACUAAUUACAAUUGGAUCUCAUUUUGCAGAGAUGAUAGCAUCAAGAUAUGCUGUGAAAAUUUCAUGGUUAAUGCAAUUACUGGGUCACAUGGACCUUGAUACUCGUGAAUCUGUAGCACGCCUAUUAGGAAUUGCUUCUCAUGCUCUUGAUGUCUCUGCUUUGACCACACUUAUAAAUGAACUGAUUUCUUCAAUAGAUGGAACCCGCAAGCCAAGGUUUGAAACACAGCAUGGAGUGCUAUGUGCACUAGGAUAUGUAGCUGCAGAUUGCAUGACAAGGACUCCUACUGUCUCAGAAUCAUUGCUUCAGAGUACCCUGAAGUGCCUGGUUGAUGUUGUUAAUUCCGAGGCUGCUACAUUGGCUUCUGUUGCAAUUGAAGCCAUAGGUCAUAUUGGAUUACGUGCCCCACUGUCUCCUCUUCAUCACUCCUGUUCAGGUGGAAGUAGUGCCAUCUUGGAUGCUUUGCGUGAAAAGUUGAGCAAACUACUAUCAGGUGACGAUACGAAUGCAAUUCAAAAAAUUGUUCUCGCUCUGGGACAUAUGUCUGUGAAGGAAUCAUCUACUUCACAUGUAAAUACUGCACUUGACUUGAUCUUCAGUCUUUCCCGAUCAAAGGUUGAGGACAUCUUGUUUGCUGCUGGAGAGGCUCUCUCAUUUUUGUGGGGUGGUAUUCCUGUCACUGCUGAUGUGAUUCUCAAAACGAACUAUACUUCCCUUUCCAUGAGUUCAAACUUUCUAAUGGUAGAUGUAUCUGCAUCUCUGCCAAUGUAUAACUCUAUAAAGCCUGAGGUCCAUGAAGGUUGCCAUAUCGUGGUUAGAAAUAUCAUCACCAGAAAGCUAUUUGAUGGUCUUUUGUACAGUAACAGAAAAGAGGAGCGUUGUGCUGGAACUGUCUGGUUACUAUCAUUAACAAUGUAUUGUGGCCAUGACCCAAGCAUCCAACAACUGCUUCCAGAGAUCCAGGAGGCAUUUACUCACCUAUUAGGUGAGCAAAAUGAUCUCACACAGGAGCUGGCAUCCCAAGGACUGAGUAUUGUAUAUGAACUUGGCAAUGCAUCUAUGAAGAAAAAUUUAGUAAAUGCACUGGUCGGCACACUAACUGGUUCAGGAAAAAGGAAAAGAGCUGUCAAGCUUGUAGAAGAUUCAGAGGUAUUCCAAGAAGGCACUGUUGGUGAAAGUCCCAGUGGAGGAAAACUUGGCACUUAUAAGGAGCUUUGCAAUCUGGCAAAUGACAUGGGGCAACCAGACUUAAUUUAUAAGUUCAUGGAUUUGGCUAAUUAUCAAGCUUCUUUAAAUUCCAAGAGGGGUGCUGCUUUUGGUUUUUCUAAGAUAGCCAAGCAAGCAGGGGAUGCUCUACAACCUCACCUUCAUUUAUUGAUUCCAAGGCUUGUCCGUUACCAAUAUGAUCCUGAUAAAAAUGUGCAGGAUGCGAUGGCCCACAUCUGGAAAUCACUGGUGGCAGACUCUAAGAGAACCAUCGAUGAACACUUUGACCUUAUUAUUGAGGAUUUAUUAAUACAAUGUGGAUCCAGGCUGUGGCGUUCGCGUGAAUCUUCUUGUCUUGCUUUAGCAGAUAUUAUCCAAGGACGGAAAUUUGAUCAGGUUGGAAAGCAUUUGAAAAGAAUAUGGACAGCUGCAUUUCGUGCUAUGGAUGACAUAAAGGAGACAGUUCGCAAUUCUGGUGACAGGUUAUGCCGUGCCAUUACUUCAUUAACAACAAGAUUAUGUGAUAUCUCCUUGACCGAAACAUCAGACACAAGACAAGCAAUGGAGAUUAUUUUGCCUUUGUUGCUAACAGAAGGAAUAAUGAGUAAAGUUGACAAUAUUCGCAAGGCAUCCAUUGCAAUGGUUAUGAAACUUACAAAGGCAGCAGGAGUAGCAAUUCGUCCACAUUUAUCUGAUCUGGUUUGUUGCAUGCUGGAAAGCUUAUCAAGCCUUGAAGACCAGGGCCUCAAUUAUGUUCAGUUACAUGCAGCAAAUGCUGGAAUACAAAUGGAGAAAAUUGAAAGUUUGCGGAUUUCAAUAGCCAAAAGCUCUCCAAUGUGGGAAACCCUUGAUCGUUGCAUAGAUGUUGUGGAUACCCAAUCGUUGGAGCUGUUAGUUCCUCGUCUUGCUCAGUUGGUUCGAUCUGGAGUAGGCUUGAACACGAGGGUUGGUGUAGCAAACUUCAUUAGUUUGUUAGUUCAAAAAGUUGGUGUUGAUAUUAGACCGUUCACAAGCAUGCUACUGAAGAUUUUGUUUCCGGUCAUUAAGGAGGAGAAAAGUGCUUCAUCCAAACAUGCAUUUGGAAAUGCUUGUGCAAUAGUUCUAAAGUAUGCAGCUCCAUCUCUGGCCCAAAAAUUAAUUGAAGAUGCAUCCGCCUUGCAUUCUGGUGACAGGAAUGCUCAGAUUUCAUGUGCAAUUUUAUUGAAAUGCUGUUCGUCCAUGGCCUCAGAUGUAUUGAGUGGAUAUCAUGCUGUGGUUGUUCCUGUUAUUUUUGUUUCAAGAUUUGAGGAUGACAAGAAUGUUUCUACUUUGUUUGAGGAAUUGUGGGAAGAAAAUAUGAGCAGUGAGCGGGUCACUCUUCAAUUGUAUUUGGGAGAAAUUGUAUCCCUUACUAAUGAUGGAAUUAUGUCAUCAUCGUGGGCAAGCAAAAGAAAGUCUGCCCAAGCUAUUAGCAAGGUUAGUGAAAUCUUGGGUGAGUCACUAUCUCCAUACAUUGAGGUUCUUCUCAAAUCUCUUAUGAAGGAACUUCCUGGUCGUUUAUGGGAGGGGAAGGACGCUUUGUUAUAUGCAUUAGCUGCUCUGUGUACUUCUUGCCAAAAAGCAAUAUUAGCCAAUGAUCCUACCACACCAAAUGCUGUUCUAAGUCUGAUGGCUUCUGCAUGCACAAAGAAAGUCAAGAAAUAUCGUGAAGCAGCUUUUAUCUGUCUAGAGCAGGUCGUUAAAGCCUUUAAGAACCCGGAUUUCUUCAAUAUGGUCUUUCCAUCAUUAUUUGAGAUGUGCAGCAAUUCAAGUGCCCCUACCAAAUCUGGUCAAGUAGCAUUGACAAGUGAUGAUGUUAAAUCAGAAAAAGACAAGACAGAAGACACUUCCAUUCCUCAUGCUAAGGUUGUUGACUGCAUUACUUCAUGCAUCCAUGUGGGGCGUGUAAGUGAUAUUCUUGAACAGAAGAAUAACCUUGUCAAUGUCAUCUUAAUUCUGCUGUCACCUGGUUUUCCUUGGACAGUCAAAACGUCAGCCUUCUUGUUAAUAAAAGAACUUGGCUCAAGGCUGCACAACUCUGAAGAAGCUUCCUUGCAAGCUGCUAUCACUACUUUCGUGCAUGAGUUAUUCUACUCUGCAUCACCUAAGGUUGUUGAAUGCAUAUACGCAAUCAAGAUUGCCCAGGUUCAUAUCGCUGCUUCGGAGUGCCUUCUGGAAUUAACUGAGCUCUACAGCGCCAAUCCAGCAGUGCACAGGACAGAAAUAAGUUUUAAGAGUGAGCUUCUUCAACAGCUCGCAGCGGAAAAAAAUGAGCAGGCAAAAUCAUUGCUAAAGAAAUGCAUUGACAUCCUUGACAGCCUAGAAAGAGAACGCAUCCACAUGUCCUAACUUCUUCAUUUUCCUUUUCUGGAAAAUAUAUUAUAGCGUCUCAUGCACUAACACUUGAAAGUUUAAGCCUUGUCAGUGAAAAGAAACUACAAAGAGUGAUACCCCAUCGCAUGGGUUAUAUUUUUACUUGAAAUGGGUAUCAGCAGCUCAGUUCCAUUCCUUUUUC